AUGGAUGCCUCGGGCUUCGUACCGUUGCCAGUACUGCUGCAAGAGCUGCGGUCCCCUGGUGCCACCGAGGCUGUUGUACGGCAUGUGGUUGCAUCAGACCUUAAGGGCCGGUACGAGCUGGACGAGUCUUCCGUCCCGCCCCGCAUCCGCGCCGUGCAAGGGCACAGCGUGCACCUGGCCGCGCCGCAGCUGGCGCCCGUGGGCAGCGCGGAUGAGGUGCCGCUGGCGCUCCACAUCACCUCACUGGAGGGUUGGAAGGCCAUACAGGAUAGCGGGGAGCUGCGGCGCAUGAGCCGCACGCAUGUGCACUUUGGGACGGAGCCGGGGCACUUGCGGCGCAACAGCUGGGCCACCGUCCUGCUGCGGCUCGACCUUCGGCAGGCCAUGCAGGAUGGGCAUGCCUUCUUCUUGGCUGCAAACGGCGUGCUGUUGUGCGAGGGACCGCUGCCGGCACGCUACUUGGAACAAGUGCAGCGCGACGCGCUGCCGCCAAGCUGGAACCAGCAAUAG